CGCGGCGAUGCGGCGGGCGCCGAGCUCCGCGCUGCGGGCACUGCCGCUGCUGGGCGCCGCCGUGUCGCUGUGCGCAGGUCUCAAGUGUGUGUGCCAGCUGUGCGAGCACACAAACUUCACCUGCCAAACAGAGGGAGCGUGCUGGGCUUCGGUCAUGCUGACCAACGGGAAGGAAGAAGUGGUCAAGUCCUGUGUCUCCCUUCCGGAGCUGAACGCUCAAGUCUUCUGCCACAGUUCCAAAAACAUCACAAAAACCGAGUGCUGCUACACAGACUUCUGCAACAACAUCACCCUCCGCCUGCCCAUAGCGUCCGAGUCCCCCAGCCGUGCCAGCGCAGGGCCCGUGGUGCUGGCGGUGACGGUGGCCGUGCCCGUCUGCAUCCUGUCCCUCGUGGCGGUGCUGGCUGCCUGCGCCUGCCAGGGCCGGCGCUGCGCCUACGGCAGGAAGAAGCAGCCCAACGUGGAGGAGCCGCUCUCCGAGUGCAACCUGGUCAACUCGGGCAAGACGCUGAAGGACCUCAUUUACGACAUGACGACGUCUGGCUCCGGCUCUGGCUUACCUCUGCUCGUACAAAGAACAAUUGCAAGGACUAUUGUUCUGCAGGAAAUCGUAGGAAAAGGCCGCUUUGGCGAAGUCUGGCGUGGAAAGUGGUGUGGGGAAGAUGUUGCUGUGAAAAUCUUCUCCUCAAGAGAUGAGCGGUCAUGGUUUCGGGAGGCAGAGAUUUAUCAGACAGUUAUGCUGAGACAUGAAAAUAUCCUGGGCUUUAUUGCUGCUGAUAACAAGGAUAACGGGACCUGGACCCAGCUGUGGCUUGUCUCCGAGUACCACGAACAAGGGUCCCUGUUCGACUACCUGAACAGGGGCACAGUGACAGUGGAGGGCAUGGUGAGACUGGCGCUGUCCAUCGCCAGUGGCCUGGCACACCUGCACAUGGAGAUCGUGGGCACGCAGGGCAAGCCAGCGAUCGCACACAGAGACCUGAAAUCCAAGAACAUCCUGGUGAAGAGGAACGAGAGCUGUGCCAUUGCAGACCUGGGGCUGGCUGUGAAGCACGACUCCGUGCUCAACACCAUCGACAUCCCACAGAACCCGCGGGUGGGGACGAGGAGGUAUAUGGCUCCUGAGAUACUUGAUGAUGCAAUGAACACGAACAUAUUCGAGUCCUUCAAGCGUGCAGACAUCUACUCUCUUGGGCUAGUGUACUGGGAGAUAGCACGAAGGUGUUGCAUUGGAGGAAUCACUGAGGAAUACCAGCUGCCUUACUAUGAUGUUGUGCCUUCUGAUCCGUCGAUAGAAGAUAUGAGAAGGGUAGUUUGUGAGCAGAAGCUCAGACCAAAUAUCCCAAACCAGUGGCAAAGCUGUGAGGCACUGCGAGUGAUGGGCCGGAUAAUGCGCGAGUGCUGGUACGCUAACGGAGCCGCCCGGCUGACUGCGCUCCGCGUCAAGAAGACAAUUUCACAGCUCUGCAUGCAGGAAGACUCCAAAGCCUAA